AUGGGUAUUCUCAGCAGGGUCGAAGACAGGCCGACGCCCAAGGCCAUCUACAACUGGCGUCUCUGGGCUCUGGCCUAUCUCGCCUCGUUUGCCUCGAUCAUGAUUGGCUAUGAUUCCGCCUUCGUCGGAGGUACGCUUGCGCUGCCUUCAUUCGUCAAGUCAUUCGGCAAGCUCAAUGCCAACGUUUCCGGUAACCUGGUGUCCACCUACCAGGCCGGUGCUUUCUUCGGCUCUUUCCUUGGUCACCCUCUGGGUCACUUCCUCGGCCGCAAGAAGGGUCUCUUCAUCACCGCCCUGGUCUUUAGCAUCGGCGCCGCCAUCAUGUGUGUCGCUUCACCCGCGACGCACCUCACUCCUAUCUUUGUUGGUCGAGCCAUUGCCGGAAUCGCGAUUGGCGCUGCGUCCAACUUGACCCCCAUGUACAUUUCGGAGAUCGCGCCUGCUCCUGCACGUGGUCAGGUGAUCGGCCUCUGGGAGAUCGGAUGGCAGACCGGUGGAAUCGUCGGCUUCUUCAUCAACUACGGUGUCAUCCAGACGGUCCCCUCGAGCGUCAAGCAGUGGCGCAUCCCCUUUGCCGUCCAGCUGAUCCCCGGUGGUAUGUUCCUCAUCGCCUGCCUCUUCCUCGUCGAAUCUCCCCGCUGGCUGCUCUCCAAGGGCCGAACCGAGGAGGCUCGCAAGAAUCUGGCCUACAUUCGCCACCUCCCAGUCGACCACCCUUACUUUGUCGAGGAAUUCAACGAGAUGAGCUAUGCGAUUGAGCAGACCAACAAUGCUGCCGGUGGCAAUGGGUACUGGGCCCCCUUCCGCUACCUCUUUGCUCGCAAGCACCUCGUCAAGCGACUCGCCUUCGGCUCCUCGCUCUUCAUUUUCCAAAACGGCACCGGCAUCAACGCUAUCAACUACUACUCGCCAACUGUAUUCAAGUCGCUCGGCAUCGUCGGAACAUCCACUGGUCUUCUCUCGACAGGUAUCUUCGGUGUCAUCAAGAUGAUCGGAUCCGCGUGCUUCAUCUUGUUCCUCGUCGAAACAGUGGGACGACGACGCCUCUUGAUGAUCUCGUCGAGUGGAGGUGCUCUUGCCAUGUUCUACCUGGCCGGUUACAUCGCCAUCGCUAAGCCUGCCCAGCACAAGAAGGCUAACAUUGACUCCGCUGGCACCUCGGCCCUCGUCUUCUUCUACAUCUGGACCUCCUUCUACUCUUUCGGAUGGAACCCGCUCCCUUGGGUGUACGGCUCGGAAGCCUUCGACAACACCGCACGUCCUGUUGCACAGAUCUUCAUGGCUGCAAGCAACUGGCUCUACAACUUUGUCAUCUCGCAGGCUACGCCGCACAUGUUCAUCAAGAUGGGCUACGGAGUGUACCUCUUCUUCGCCUCGUGCAUGGUCAUCAGCGUCGUUUGGGUCUUCUUCCUCAUGCCUGAAACCAAGGGUAUCCCGGUCGAAGAGAUGGACAACCUUCACGAGAAGCGUCCCAUCCGCCACGCCAACAAGCUCGUCCACGAAGAGCUGCGAAUCAAGGCAGCAGAGCGAAGUGGACAGGCGGUCCUGAACGCCUACCCGUCCGACGACGCUGCCAGCAGUGACGAGGACAAAUCUGGUAUGAACGAAGUCAAGCUCAACACUGCUUGA